AUGGUAACAAUCGAGUCAGAGUCCGAUUUCUAUGACGUCUUUGAGAUUCUGGGGAAGGGCACGUUUGGGGAGGUCGUGAAGAGCUGGAAACGGAGCACUGGGGAGAUGGUGGCCAUAAAAAUCCUGAAGAAUGACUCCCACCGCAGCAGGAUCAUCAAGAAUGAGCUGAAGCUGCUGCAGACCAUGUCCGAGGUGGAUUCCGAGGAGUCUCACAUCGUCCAGUUCCACGAAUUCUUCCACGACGAGCUCAAGUUCUACCUGGUCUUUGAGCUCCUGGAGCAAAACCUCUUCGACUUCCAGAAAGAGCACAACUUCUCUCCAUUGCCGGUCCGGCACAUCCGCACAGUGACCACGCAGGUGCUGAGAGCCCUGGCCAAGUUGAAAGAGCUGUCAAUCAUCCACGCUGACCUGAAGCCAGAGAACAUCAUGCUGGUGGACCAGGUGAGGUAUCCUUUCCGGGUCAAGGUGAUUGAUUUUGGAUCGGCCAGCAUCUUCAACGAAGUGCGCUAUGUCAAAGAGCCUUACAUCCAGUCCCGAUUCUACCGGGCCCCAGAAAUACUGCUGGGGCUGCCAUUCUGUGAGAAGGUGGACAUGUGGUCCCUGGGGUGCGUGAUGGCCGAGCUGCACCUUGGCUGGCCCCUCUACCCUGGGAACAAUGAGUAUGACCAGAUCCGGUAUAUCUGCGAGACCCAAGGCAUGCCCAGGCCCACCCUCCUGAAUGCAGCCCGAAAGGCCCACCUCUUCUUCAAGAGGAGCCAGCACCCCGAGGUGGUGAACUCCUGGCAGCUGAAAACCCCAGCAGAGUAUCUGGCUGACACCAAAGUGAAGUCUGUGGAGAGGAGAAAGUACGUGCUCAAGUCCCUGGACCAGAUGGAGACGGUGAACGUCCACAAGAUGAUCUACCCGGACACAGAGGCCCUGGCUGAGUACUUUGACCUCCGGAGCAUGGUGGAGCUCAUCAAACGGAUGUUGACCUGGGAUUCUCACGAGCGCAUCACUCCCAGCGCAGCCCUGAAACACCCCUAUAUCUCCACCCAACCCCUGAAGCAGAACUAUGAUCUCACCCAGUACUACCAGUUCUGCCUGAGGAGCCUCCGGGAGUCGCUGCCCAGCCAUGGCAAGGCUUCCGAGGAGGAAACGCAACAUUACAGUGCCAUGGAGGAGGACCGCUUCUACAGCCGGGAGGAAAGCGCUCAUGGCAUCCAGGGCACCACCAGCCAGUUGGACGAGCUCAGCAUUGCUGAAGCCAGCCGGGAGGUGCCCCUAAAGGUGUGGGGCGAAGGGCCCAGCGGGGGAGGCUAUGAUCCCAUUCUGGACCCGGCGGAGGCAGUGGCAAAUCGGCAUAGAGUGGCCCACCAGAGCCUCCGGCUGCGUCAUGAGCAGGCCCAGCAGGAACCCAUCCCAGCCUACUACCGAAGCCGGCCCGGCAGCCCCAGGCACCACAAGGCCUCUCACCAUGUGAAGUCAGACCCCACUUUUGAGAACCUGAUCCUUCUGGGGCAGUACACGCCGGAAGACCCCCAUGGCUGGGAGAAGGAGAGCAAUGCCAGCGUCACUUCCUUGCCAGAGUCCGGUGCCCUGGAGGAGGCGAGCUACCCCAAAGGCCUGGUCCUCUCACCCACCACACAGCACGGGCAGACAGAGGUCUUUGAGCCGGCCAUGCCGCUGCCCGGGCCAAACCCCUGGCUACCCAGCGAGGACUGGCUGGCUGAACACAGCAUGGAAAGAGUCCCGCUCAAGGCAGUGCUGCACGCCCCCCGGAACCGCCACCAGCUGCAGCCUUACCUGCAACAUGUUGCCAGCCACCACUAG